AUGGGAGGCGACAAGGGCAAGAGAAAGAACGCCCCCGGCGGUGAUGGAGGCCAGAAACAGAAGAAGAAGAAGACUGGCAACGCCGGCAAAUGGACAACACCUAACCAAGCGAAUAAGCUCGCGCUCGAGCGCAAUUCCAUCCCUCAGAUCGGCGACCGCGGCAUCUGGGUGACCUGCGCACGCCACCAGGAGAACAAGGCUGCGCGGGAAGUCAUCAACCUCUUUGAAGAGUACAUUGAAACCAUGUACGGCAUCAAGCCCGCCAGCAAAGAAGCCAAAGUGGGAGAUGACGACGAUGCGGACCUAGAUAUUGAGGCCGCCAUCGCCAAGGAACUCGGCGCAAUUAAGGAGAACAAGACGGCCGAUGUGCAAAAGCAAGAGGAAGACAGGGCCCUGCUCAAGGCCAUGAAGCUCAACAUUGACUGUCUCCUGUUUGUGCGUACAAAGGACCCCAUCGAGCCGGUCGAGUUCGUCAAGAGGAUCGUCGUCGACACCAAGGAGUGCACCGACAUUAGGAAGAUCAAGUGCCGCUAUCUGAACCGGUUGACGCCCAUGAGCGUCAUGGGCAAGGCGACGGAGCAGGGCCUGGCCGAAACGGCUAGGCAGGUCUUGGAGGAGCACUUUGACUUGAGCGGGAAAAAGAGCGAGAAGACAGAAGGAGAUGGUGCGGAGGCAGAGACAAACAAGGAGGGCGACAACAAGAAGAGGGAGUACAAGCCCUACACCUACGCCAUCCGGCCCACCAUUCGUAACCACAGUAACCUGAAGCGCGACGUGGUCAUCAACACCAUUGCCGGUCUUAUCAACGAUGAGCGUCACAGGGUUGAUUUGACCAACCCGGACAAGGUCAUUUUGGUGGACAUCUUUCAGACGGUCUGUGGGUUGAGUGUUGUGGAUGGUGAUUGGGAUGAGCUGAAGAAGUACAACAUGACGGAGCUAUACAACCAAGCUGCUGGCAUCACGACGGUUGGGCAAAAGAAGAAGAAGCAGCAGCAGCAGGAUCAGAAGCAAGAUGAGAAGACGUCCGAGUCUGUCAAGGACGAGGAGACCAAAGACACAAAAGAGCAGGAAUAG